CACUACUAUAAACAUACCAGGAGUCCCAGCAAAAGAGGACCGCGUCGCUGUGAUCGGAGUUGCAGAAGUUUGUUAAUGUUUUUCUUGUUUUGUUUUUAUUUUUACAUGAUUUUGUUUUUCCGUAAAAAAAGCAAACGCACACACCAUAACGUCGAUGUGCAACGAUUUCAGGACUUGCGAAUGCCGCUCCGACUUUUUUCCUUGCGCUGAAGGUUGCGCUCAUAUGAUGUGAUGGGAGACUUUCGACAUCACUAUUCUCCGCACGGGGUUUUAACGUCCCUUAAGUGACUAUGUGAGGAUUAUCACUGCGCAAAAGAAGUGCUAAGAAGAAUUGCAUCAGUUGGGAGGAAAAAAAAGGAACGGAAUCAUACUCUUCCUCAUCAUCCUCCUCUCCUACGCUGGACAACUUUGGGAAUGGGCCAGCGCCUUGCCUGGGUGCAUCUCUCCGCCCGGUGGUGUGGCUGGCGUCGCGCGAGAGUGAGGAGGGCAGCAGCCAGGUCGUAGAGCCUGCCCACCCCUCUCACCGCCCGCUUGCUCCCAAGUGACUUUUGACCCUUGACUCAGUCGUGACCCCCUUCCCUUGACCAGCCAUGCCCUUCCGGCUGAAGCUGCGGCGCACGCGGCGCUACAAUGUCCUGAGCAAGAACUAUUUUGUGACGCGGAUCCGCCUGCUGGACAACAGUGUGAUUGAAUGCACCCUGUCGGUGGAGAGCACGGGGCAGGAGUGUCUGGAGGCGGUGGCCCAGAGGCUGGAGCUGCGGGAGACCCAUUACUUUGGGCUGUGGUUCCAAGGGAAGACCCAGGCCCCGGCCCAGCGCUGGGUGGAGCAUGAGAAACCCCUCAAGAAGCAGCUGGACAAGUUUGGCAAUGAGCCGCUGCUCUUUUUUGGAGUCAUGUUCUAUGUUCCCAAUGUUUCCCGGUUGGAGCAAGAAGCCACCAGGUAUCAGUAUUACCUGCAGGUGAAGAAAGACGUGCUGGACGGUCGCCUGCAGUGCACGGUGGAGCAGGGCAUCAGACUAGCUGGACUAGCAGUACAAGCUGACUUCGGAGACUACAAUCACUUCCCAUCUCAGGACUUCCUCAGGGAGUACGUGCUCUUCCCAGUGAACUGGCCUAAUGGAGAUGAAGUGCUGGAGGAAUGGACCCAGAAAGUUGCUGAGGAGCACAAGAGUCACUGCCGAAUGCAGGCCGCCGAAGCUGAACUGCUGUAUAUCAAGGAGGUGGAAAAACUGGACGGCUUUGGCCAGGAGAGCUUUCCUGCAAAGGACAACUACACCAAUGACAUCUUCAUUGGCGUGUCCUUCAUCGGAGUGUUUGUCAAACACAGAAACGGCAGAUCCAUCAUGCUCCACAAGUGGAAGGACAUCGGUACCAUCGCACACAACAAGUCGGCUAUCACGGUGGAGAUAACGAGCAGAGACGACACCAUCGUGUUUCACAUGGAGGAUAUGGAAAUGGCAAAGUACAUUGCUCGUCUUUUCACCGCAAGACAUAAAUUCUACAAACAGAACAAGAUUUGUACGGAACCGACCCACUCACCUGCACCAAUCCGGAGGAGACCCACCUGGACCCAUCACCAGUCUCUGCCCCGGCCACAGUCCUGUAACUUCCAGUCAGCGCAUUCCCAGUAUUCAGAGCAUUAUCAAGACCCAAAGAGCUCUCAAGACAGCAUAUUCCACGAGGAGCCUUACUUUAAGUCUGAGACCAGUCUGGAUCGCUGCCCAGUGGACUUUACCUUCAGAAACGGUACUGUGCCUAACGGAAGCAUGUACAGUAGCCCCAGCCUGAGCUCCCUCAAUCGUUCCCAGACUUUCGUCCCACCUUCACCCAUGUCCUCCAACCUCAGCAUCCCUGGCAGUGAGCUCAUGCGUCCCGACUACAUCCCCAGCCACCGACACAGUGCCAUCAUCGCUCCAUCCUACCGGCCCACGCCGGAAUACGAUGCCGUCAUGCGGCAGAAGCGACGCAUGCUCCCCACUCACCACGACCUCCACAGCCAGUCGUUGCGAAGUUUAAACAUCAGCAACACCUGCGCUUACCGGCAGCCUGAGGCUCUGGUGUACAGCCAGCCGGAGAUGAGGGAGAGGGGUCCGUAUCACGGGCUGGGCCCCAGCCCUGGAUCUUACACACCACAGAUCAGCUACAGUAAGCCGGUGUCUCAUGGUCCCCACCAGGGAGGACCAGCCAGCAGCCAGGGGCCCUGUCACUCCCCUUGUGUUAAUGGAGGCGGAGGCAGCAGUGAAGGCGUUGGAAGCUCCAUCUCCCACACCGUCAGCACGCCUGAGCUGGCCAACACCAAACAGCAGGGGGCAAACAUGGGAAGCUACGCAGCUACAGCUAAUAUGCUGAGGAACCACAUGUCGCGUCCUCCUCCGCCUUACCCUUCCAGUUCCUUCCGCCCAGCCAACAGCACGCCAGACCUCGCCAGCCACCGCAAUCGCUGCAUCGGGGGCAGCAGUCCGGAGCUGGUUACCCGUAUGGUGCAGCUGUCCGUCAAGACCUUCCAGCCGGACAGCUCAGCCGUGGUGCACCAGUCCCUGCAGGAAGUUAGUGAACCUUUAACUGCAUCGGCUAAGCACCGGUCAACUCUUGGCAAGAGACACAGCAUGGAGGUCAUCAGCAGCAUGAGAGGAGGCGGGAUGGAGGGCCUGGUCAUGAAGGGUAUAAACGCUCCGCUGCAUCGGAGGAAUACUCUCCGAGAGCAUGUCAUGCCAUCACAACCUCAAUCCAUCCCUCAACCCCAGCUGCAAACGGCUCAUUCGCAGCCUCAGCUGCAGCCCCAGCUUCCACCUCAGCAGCCGAAGGAGCUGCCCAUGCAGAAGCCUGCCCAAAAUGUACCAGAGGCUUCUGCAGCGCCUCCUGCAGCAGUGGCUUACCAGCAUCAAAAGACUCUGUCCAACGCUACCAUGCUCAUACACAGCAGCGAGAGCGAAGAAGAGGAGGAGGAGGAGGAGGAGAGGCCUGAACUGGAUGUUCAGAUCCCAGGUCUCAACGAGGACAUUAGUAUCAGUGCUCAGCUCCAAGCUGCUCUGGCUAAACUGCCCAACAAACCCCCUCCGGAGUAUCCCGGCCCACCUAGACCUCCCAGCAGCACUCAGAUCCGCGCUCACGGUCACGGCCACCCUCACCACCAUAAUCAAAAUCCAGUACCGCAAUGCAACCAGGGACAGAUGGAGCCAAACCAGCCCCUCGGCACCGGGCAGAGCCAGUGCAUGGAUGGGCAUGGGGACGGUGGGGGAACGCUGACCAGAGGGGAUCAGAGCGGGGUGAACGGAGCAGUUUUAGGUCCAUCCAUUUCAGAACCAGACCUGACCAGCGUGAAGGAGCGGGUGAGGAAGGAGCCAGUCAAGGAGAGGCCGGUGUCGGAGAUGUUCUCCUUAGAAGACAGCAUAGUGGAGAGGGAAAUUGCUCAGAGGACGCUGGAAAGACAGAAGAUGUCUGUGGACUCCAUAAAGAGGCCGCUGAUGAUGGCCGCCCUCAACGGCCUGUACGUGGCGCGGAUGCCGGUCCCCGAGAGUCCGGCGGAGGAAGGCGCCAAAUCUCUUACAGAUGAAAGGUGUAAGACUUUGGAGUUGAAGCUGGAGGAGGAGCGGGUCUUCACCGAGUACGAGCAGGUGCCAAAGAAGAGGGCCGACUGCGUUCUCGCAACGGCAACUUUACCUGAAAACACGGAGCGCAACCGCUUCCGUGACGUCGUCCCUUAUGAGGAGAACCGGGUGGAGCUCGUACCCAACAAGGAGAACAACACAGGCUACAUCAAUGCCUCACACAUCAAGGUUAUGAUCAGGGGGGAGGAGUGGCACUACAUUGCCACUCAGGGGCCACUAGCCAACACCUGUGCCGACUUCUGGCAGAUGGUCUGGGAGCAGGGGGUCAACGUCAUCGCCAUGGUUACAGCCGAGGAGGAGGGUGGCAAGUCCAAGAGCCAUCGAUACUGGCCCAAGCUGGGCUCCAAGCACAACUCGGCCACUCACGGCAAGUUCAAGGUGACCACCAAGUUCCGCACCGACUCGGGCUGCUACGCCACCACGGGGUUGAAGGUCAAGCACCUGUUGUCCGGUCAGGAGAGGACAGUGUGGCACCUGCAGUACACUGACUGGCCCGAGCAGGGAUGCCCCGAAUAUGUAACUGGAUUCCUCUCCUACUUAGAAGAAAUCCAGUCUGUGAGGAGGCACACAAACUCCAUGCUGGACACCUCAAAGAGCCUGAAUCCCCCGGUGGUGGUGCACUGCAGCGCUGGGGUGGGUCGCACCGGCGUGGUCAUCCUGACUGAGCUCAUGAUCAGCUGCCUGGAGCACAAUGAGCCUGUGGAGGUUCCCACCAUGUUGUCUGAGCUGCGGCAGCAGAGGAUGCUGAUGGUGCAGACCAUCUCCCAGUACAAGUUUGUCUACCAGGUCCUCAUCCAGUUCCUCAAGAACUCUCGCCUCAUUUAAGCCAAGGCACCUGACCCGUCACCUUUUCAGGAUUUGGCACCAUGGCAGCAGGUGACGGCAGAAUGGUACUUCAAGUCAUUGUGAGGAGUGUACAGAAGCGUGUUGAUAGCUGGUGGAGAGCAGAUGCCGAGAUUUCUGGGAGUUACGGUUAGCAUUAACUCAGAUCAAAGGAGUGAAGUUUUUUCUUUUUCUUUUUAGGUCUGUGUAGAAAUCAGCUUUUCCUCAUCGGUAUAUUCAGCUCGUUAUAUUAUUUUUUCAUCUAAGAUGUGGUCUUUUUAGUUGAACAUGUGUGCUAUUGCAUUAUCUCCAUGCAGGUCAGGUGAAUAAGCAGCUCGUCUUACCAGCAGGUAUACACGUGUUUGUUUCUUAAUGUGUGCUUUUUGAGAUAUUUUAAGGAACAUGUUGAGAAGUCAGAUCUCAGUUUCAGUUGAGAAGACCUGCCUGCAACAUUUCUACGUUUUGUAUUUAGCCAUUGUUGGAAAUGGCAUGCAUUAUGCUGCUUGAACAGUAGGUGGCAGCAGUAUUACUACGCUUAACACUUCAGAGUAUGCCAAACAAAAUUAUUCUUUUAAUCACUGUUUUAUGUUCAUUUAUUUUUUUAACAGAUUAGUACGGCAAGUGUUUACUUCCAUUUAUGCUAUACUAAUCAGGUCAUUGCAACAAAUGUGUUAUUUAUUUCUAUAAAGACUGUGGUCACCUUCACCAUUGCCACUGCCAAGCAUGUCAACCUCCUGAACUCGUCUUAAUUUGAAAUGUGUUUUCCUUUAAUUCCUCCCAUUUUCGUGUGAAGAUGUCACCAGUUUAGACAUUGGUACUUUGCUCUUUUUCUUAGAUUACAUACAGCUCCUUUCAGUCAUGUGUGACUUAUCGCAUAUGUUUCCCCUGAUGCAUUUUAAAACUUUAAAGUAUUGUAGGUGACCUUUACAAAGAUAAGGUGAAUACUGUAUAUACUGUAUUAUUGUGCCUUAAUGAAAUAUGUAACACAGAGAGACUGUUUUUAAUUAGUUUAUGGUAAAUUGGAUUCUUUUUUUUAUUUUUGGGCCUCCCAAAAACCAGUCAUUAAAUUAAUAUUUACUUGAUUGUUUUUAAUAUUUCAAAUAUUUUGCUUAACUCCGAAGAUAUUUGAUUUUUUUUAAAUAAAUAAAAAAAUGCAGAUCUUUUGUAUAAAAUUUAAGGAUAACGUCACACAACAGACUUUCAAAAUUAAUAAUAAAAAAAAAGAAAAUGCAGCCAUUUCUAAUAAACUGAUCCAAACCCAAUUACUUUUGCCAUGUUCAUAGCUUUUUUUUUUUUUUUUUUUUUUACAAAUUGCAUCCUGAAGAAUUACUUUUUACACGUUACAUAAAAUAUAGUUUUUUUUAACUUUCCUCAGCUGUAAGGCCAAGCCAGCCGUGUCCAACAUAACUGUACAUAACUGGCACGUGAAAGUGUUUUUAUAUAGUGUCUUUUCUUGACUUGGUACACUUAAACUACCGCAAAAUAAUAAACUAUGCAUGCAUUUUUUAAAAAUAAUUCAGUGUAUAUAUUUCAGUAUAUGUUCUCAGAUAAAUAUAAGCUUUAUUCUCUUUUGACAUGAGUGUUUUGUUGCACUUCUGCUCUUUUUGACAGUAUUUUCUCACAUGGCAUUCCAUUGUUUUCUUUAUAUUUAAUUUUUCCCCUUCAGUUUUCAUUUGUUUUUUGGCAAAAUUCCCCAAAUACAUUUCAAAUGAUGUGUACAUAUGUUUUGUAAAUGCAUUUUGAGUGCAUUGAAUCUUGUUUUCUCUCCCCAGACAUGUAUGAAGCUGUUGUACUUGCUUAUUAUGCAAAAUAAAAGCCUUAUUUUCUUUAC